AUGGAAGAGUAUCUACGAAAUGCACAGAUUCCCGAGUACUCGGAUGAAGAGGGCGGCAGCGGUCCUCUGGAAGACCUCGGUGACAUCUCCGCCGAGGACACCAGUGUCGAAGACGGCGAGAAUCACAUCGACCAGCAAGAAGAAGAACCCGAGUUCGACCCUGUUGCUGCCGGUCUGAAGGAGAUUUCAAACCUGGGGAAGUUCACCGUCAGCAGCCACAAGCAGGGGAAUGGCGUUGAUCAGCUCCGGCAUGACAGCCUUAAGAGUUACUGGCAAUCCGACGGGCCUCAGCCCCACAAAUUGACCGUCUACUUCAUCAAGCGUGUCGGCAUCAGAGACAUCCGCUUCUAUGUGGACUACAACGAGGACGAGUCCUACACGCCCACCAAGAUCAUCUUCAAGUCAGGAACCAGCGAGAACAAUCUCAUUCAAUUCGCCACCAUGGAUCUGUCAGCACCUUCAGGAUGGCAGCUGGUUCCCAUCGCUGGCUCCGGCGGUGGUCCUGACGGCAACACCCUGGUGUCGUAUGUGUUCCAGAUGCAGAUACUCGAGAACCACCAGAACGGCAAAGACACACAUCUCCGUUCUAUCAAAAUCUACGCAGCGGACACAGAUGGCGCGAAUGUCGAACGCGAACGGGACUCUAACAACGUCUCUGUACACAGCGACCUCACCAUGGAGGAUGUUGCUGCGGAUGAAAGGCCAGCCGACCCCUGGGACAUCUCUGUACUUGAAGCUGGCCUUCCUAUUCCCGACUUCAUGAAAGAGCCUGAGAUUCGAUGA